AUGUCAGAAAUAAUUGAUAUGGAUUCUGAACAAACUGAAAAAGAGGUUGAACAAACUGAACCACACGAUGAAAUUACAAAACUAUUCUUAUCACCAGAUGGCAAGUACUCACAAUCAGUGGAACAAUCGGCAAAGAAAUUAGUUGAACAAUCAGAACACGAAUCAUAUCAACCUAAAUCCUUUAAGCUUGAUUGUCUAAAAAAAAUUAAAGAAGCUGAACAACCACAAGCAGUUUCAAACAAUAAACUUGUCGCAAUAAGUCGCAUUGGCUCUUCUGAGUCUUCUGAUUAUAAUAAAAUAUAUUAUGUAUCAGAUGGACUUUUAUGGGUUCAAAAGGUUUCUAAAAAACAAUGGAUCAAAUAUCUACGAGAAACACUAAAUGAAAAUAGUAAAAUAAGAGCUCUACCGACCAAAUCGGAAAUAGUAGAGAUUUUGGAAGAAUUUAAAUUUAAACAAGAAUCAGAUUUUGAUAGACCAUAUGAGGGAUCAUUAGUGAUGUGGAAAGUAAGCAACAGAAGAGUGGUGCAAGCUUUUUUCUUUGAUUUAAACAAAUGGGAACCUAUAGAUCAAAUAGAAUUAGAUGUUAACUUUAAUUAUUUUUAUAAUGCAAGAUUAAAUACUGAAGUUAAAUAUUAUUAUAAGUUAUUAUAUAAUGAAGAUUUUGUGAUGAUUACAUCUUUUGGAUUAUUCAUAUGGUCAAUUUGGCAGAAAGAUAAAAAAAUUAGAUUACGAUAUUACAUUCACUGGGAUGAAGAAAUAUUAGAAGAUAUAUUAGAGAAUUUAUAG